CAAAAUAAUAUUGUUUAUGAUAGUUUUCAAAAAUAUUAUCAUACAAUCAAGAAUUUAAUGAUGUUAGAAUUAUGGUCUUUAAUUCAAGACGAAUAUAAUAUGAAUGAUUCAUUAAAAAGAGUUUUUCAAGUGGAUAUUAAAAAUUUACAUGUAACUUCGGAACAAAUGCAGAAAAAUCAAAAAAUGUUUAAUUUAGAAUGCCAAUUAUUACUUACCAAACAAGAUGAUCAAAAUAUGAUUCAUCCCAAAAUCGGCGACGCUCUCAUUUUAAAAUUGACUACAGAAAAUAAAAAUGGAAUACAAGAGUCAACAAAUCGAUUUGGAUAUGUAACUUCUAUUCAUAAACAAUCAAUUCACCAAACGCGUGAUGAAUUACCAUUACACUUAAGUAAGUAUAAAAAUGUGAUGUUAGUUAAUAAUCCUCAAGUUUUGGUAACUUUCAUGGUUUUGACUAAAUGGGAUCCGAAUAAAUUAGUAACAGAAAACUGUAUCCCGGUAAGACGUCUUGGUCGCAUUAUAGGUGUAAUGAAAGAAUUUACAGCUCUUCAAAAACUACCUCAAUCACCUUUAAUGCCUUUAAUAUUAAAUCCAAAUAACUUGAACAAGAUAAAGAAUCAUUAUAAUGUGGAAAUUUUAAGUAAUAGUGCUUUAAAUGUUGACCAAAGAGAAAUUAUAUUUCAAGUAACUGGUUCUUGUUUAUCAUCAGAUCCAACGAUUAGUUUAAUACAUGGACCACCAGGGACUGGAAAAUCAUUUUUGAUCGUGAAUUUAGUAAUGCAUUUAUUAUAUGGAAAUAAUCGUUAUAAUAAUUGUGUUGAAAAUCGUAAUAAUUUACCAAGAAUUUUAAUAUGUGCACCAACAAACUCAGCAAUUGAUGAUAUCGUACUUAAAUUAUUAAAUGUUCGUAAAAAAAUUGCCAAACCACAAAUUACAUUUCGUAUGGUUCGUGUCGGCCAGAGAAAUAAAAUGCACCCUUCUGUGCAAAGCAUAUCUUUACAAACAUUAAAGGAAUACAAUUCAAAUUUGGGAAUGUUUAAAGAAAGUGAUGGAUUUAAUAAGGCAUUGAAUAAUAAACAAAAUUCGCAAAUGAAUAAUAUCAAAAAUGAUGCAUUAUUUCAACAAAAUAAGCCAAGGAAAGUUAUUGAUGAAGAUAUAAUUAUUAAAAAAGCGGAUAUAAUUUGUACAACUUUAGGAAGUUCUUACAGUGCACAAUUGGAACGUUUGGCCAAGACAAAAUCUUUUCGUUUUACUACGUGCAUCAUAGACGAAGCAACUCAGUGUACUGAACCAACUGCCUUAUUACCAUUAAUGUUAGGUAUUGAUUCUCUAGUCUUAGUUGGUGAUACCAAACAAUUGCCAGCUACCAUUAAAUCUCAGGAAGCCAAAAAGUAUGGAUUAGGCCAAUCGUUAUUUGAACGUAUUGAAAAGUGUUUUUCUAUGAAUAAAAUAGAUAAUUGUCCAAAUAUUCGAAGUUUAUCAGUUCAAUACCGAAUGCAUCCAGAAAUUAUGGAAUUUCCCAAUAAAUAUUUUUAUGGUAAUCGACUCAAAAACAGUCAAAAUGUGUAUGACUACAGAUUUCCAUUAAUACCAUACCAACUGUUUCUUCACGAGUUUGAACAAUGUAGUUCUAUGGAUAAUUCGCGAGAAGCGGAAUUUAUUUUAAAUAUGUUGAAAACUAUUUUAAAUGAAGUGAAUAAUAAAGUGACGAUUGGUAUCAUUACACCAUAUCAAAAUCAGCGUACAAGAAUUAUGAAAAUUUUAGAAAAUAUUGAAAGAAAAGAAGAUAUUGUUGUAAAUACAGUAGAUGGCUUUCAAGGGCAAGAGAAAGACAUCAUAAUAUUAUCAUGUGUACGAACAGAAGGAUUUGGUUUUUUAGCUGAUGAUCAACGAUUAAAUGUAGCACUAACUCGAGCAAAACAUGCAUUUUACAUAGUGGGAAAUUUUCAAGCUUUACAGAUGAACCCUACAUGGAGAGCUUUAAAAGAUGAUGCAGAACAUAGAAAAAAAAUUUUCUAUACAAAAAACGUAAUGAUUUCUCAGGACGUUUUUUCAAAAAUUCUUAAAGAUAAAAAUUUUGUAAAAUAACUUAGAAAAGAUAUAAUUUUUGUAACCAAGACUGAGGUAGCAAUCUUCACGUAUUUUUUAUAGCGAUAUCCAACUUUUCGAUAGCGAAGAUCCAAAAUUAAUUCGUUUUAAUUUUAGCCGACACCACGGUAGAGAGAAUUAUAAGAUAUGGGAC